AUGAGCAAUUCCGGGGCCAGCAGGAUCAAAGUCUGUCGAGACGACAUUGACAACUGCCUAUACUCGAAGAGCAGGCGGGUCCACGAUCGGAUGGCGCUUCUCAUCGAUCAGUACUUCCAGAAGCACCUGGAUCUGCCAGAGGAAGAAGCCAUAAGACUCCAUAGUGAGUACUAUAAAAAUUAUGGUCUGGCCAUCGAAGGACUCGUGCGUCAUCAUCAAAUUGACCCGCUCGAGUACAACACCAAGGUAGACGACGCCCUCGUUCUUGAAGAUGUCAUUGUCCCGGACCCGGAGCUGCGGAGCCUCCUCGAAGACAUAGACAAGACCAAGGUUACGAUGUGGCUGUUCACAAAUGCCUAUAUAAACCACGGGAAGCGCGUCACUAAGCUCCUCGAGGUCGACGAUCUUUUCGAGGGCAUAACCUACUGUGACUACUCGCGAUCCCCUCUGAUCUGCAAGCCAAACAGGCUUAUGUAUGAAAAGGGCAUGAGAGAAGCGGGGGUGUCUAGAGUGGAGGAUUGCUUCUUCGUUGUAAAGCUGAGGAGUUUGGCUGGUCAACCGCCCAUCUACUAG